AAAAAGUAGCGGUGCAGCUUUGCCAUAGGCUUCGUCUAGGCGUGCGCGACCAACCUGAAUUAUUAUGUGUUUAUUUUGUUUGUUGUGAUCUUGUCUCUUGUGGAUGUAAACAGGACAUAAUAUAAUUGAUAUAACCAUAACAGAACUGUGGCAUUCAUCUCAUAGCUGAAAUAGAAGAUGGAAAACUUCCUGUCCAUGCAUGAAAGUGAAUUGGGUUUUGAAUGCUUUUCAAAUUUUACUCCAGCUGAAGUGUUUGUUCAAGGUUGUGCAGGAUUCACAAACCAACAUGACAUAGAACACAUCAUUCGAGCACAGAAACAGAUGCUUCAGCGGUUUGAGAAGACAAAUGAAAUGCUAGUUAACUGUAACACUCUUUCUCAAAUUCAUCUGCAGAAAGCAAAUGUUGAGUUCAAAAAACAUGCUCAGCUUCUGAAUGAAGUAAAAAAGGAUCUGGAGAAUAUUUUCAAGAGAAUUAAAGUCAUCAAAGCUAAAGCAGCAGCUCAGUAUCCACACCAGUUUGAAGAUGCAAUGAGUAAAAUUCAAACACCCAUAGAGGAGGAAGAUGAGAAAGCAAAAGAUGGAUAAUGUUUGAAAGAUGAUCAGCAGUGGAAGGUUUAUACAUCUUACUUUAUAACCAAACUAUAUCUGGUGCACUUAAUUAUGUUGUUUUUAAUUAGUGAAAAUGUGAAAUGGUCAACUAAUCUUUAUGAUCGUUUAACGAAUGUAAGCAUUGUAAAAACUCUUUGUUGCCGUGCGCUAUGUUUAUUUCGAAAAUGAGAAGCUAAUGUAGUAUCUUUUUUGCAUAGUGAGGAACUUUCAUUGUAUUUUUUUUUUCUAUCAUGUUUCCAAAUCUAAAUUUUAGAAUUGAUCUCAGUUCAGUAUACAAGAUUCAUACCAAAAGGAUUUUUAUUCCCAUAACAUUGAACUUGUAACACCGUAAGCAACUCACUGAAGAAGAAGUAUAUUGAAAUCGAUCGAUCGGCGCUGGGCCGUCACGUAAUUACGCCACAGCUGCAUUGACGUAAAUAUAGCGUUCAUCAGCGCCUCAGCGGUAACAUCGUAAUCAAUUUUGUUGUUUCUUCUUUCAAGCAAAUUGUGGAAUUUUGUUCUUUGAAAAUGUUUUCUCAAACAACAGACAGUUUUUGUGAAUUUUUUAAAUCGUUAUUGUAUCAUGCAUUUGACGAAAAUAAGCUGUGCACAUUGGAAGAGAUGUAACGACAUCGGGAUAUAAAAACAGGUUAAAUUAAGAAAUGCUAGUGUAGACGUAGCUUUUGCUGUAUUACCAACUAAAAUAAAACUAAAUAGGAUUCACAUGGAAA